UAACUAGCGCUCAGCUUGGAGCUGAGAACUUGUAGAGCUGAUUUCAGUUGUCAAUUAAAGCUGAAGUCAUGCAGUUGCUCCCAUUGGUAGGAUCGUUCAUUGUGCUCGCCCAAGGUCGUAACUGGCCCAGCGAUCCGCUUAUUACAUCGAUCCGCUGUUGGGAGAUCGUCGAUCCAGGUCGUUGCAGAGGCAGCUUCAAAAUGUUUGGCUAUGAUCCCUACGCCGGCUUAUGCAUACCCUUCUUCUAUACUGGCUGUGGCGGCAAUCCGAAUCGCUUUCAAUCCGAAAUUGAGUGCAUCAACAAGUGCAAGAUGACCAGCGGGGAGCUGGAGUAUGACACCAGCUCUUCAAGCCUGAACCAGGGAUCAGGCGAUGACGUACCCGACCUAAUCAACAUAGAGCAAUCAGUUGAAGUCGGAAGUGGAAGCAGUGAAAAUACAGAUGAGAGUGACCCAAUAAUAACCGCCGAGUCCUAUGACAAAGAAAUAACACCGAAACCGAUCGAAGUUUAUGUGGAUGUUUCGUAGUGACAAUAAAAUAUCAACAGAUUAGCUAAAAUGCUUUAUUUAGAUAAGCCCAUUCCAUGGUUAUAAUAAAAAAUAUAGUGAGCAAACUUUCAAUUGUUAUGCCAUAUAAAUAUUAAUUGAAAUGGAAAUUUUUAAUAAAUUAAUUAAUUAAAAUUUAAA